CGAGCCGCUGCCUCCGCCGCCGCAGCCGCAGCCGCAGCGGGCACAGAGCAGGUAGAUGGCCCCCCCAGGGCAGGCCCUGCGGACACCCCUCCCUCCGGCUGGCGGAUGCAGUGCCUAGCGGCCGCUAUUAAGGACGAAACCAACAUGAGUGGGGGAGGGGAGCAGGCCGACAUACUGCCGGCCAACUACGUGGUCAAGGAUCGCUGGAAGGUGCUGAAAAAGAUCGGGGGCGGGGGCUUUGGUGAGAUCUACGAGGCCAUGGACCUGCUGACCAGGGAGAAUGUGGCCCUCAAGGUGGAGUCAGCCCAGCAGCCCAAGCAGGUCCUCAAGAUGGAGGUGGCUGUGCUCAAAAAGCUGCAAGGGAAAAGCCACGUGUGCAGGUUCAUUGGCUGUGGCCGGAAUGAGAAAUUUAAUUAUGUGGUGAUGCAGCUCCAGGGCCGGAAUCUGGCCGACCUGCGCCGCAGCCAGCCGCGAGGCACCUUCACGCUGAGCACCACGCUGCGGCUGGGCAAGCAGAUCCUGGAGUCCAUUGAGGCCAUCCACUCGGUGGGCUUCCUGCACCGUGACAUCAAGCCGUCAAACUUUGCCAUGGGCAGGCUGCCCUCCACCUACAGAAAGUGCUACAUGUUGGACUUCGGGCUGGCCCGGCAGUACACCAACACCACGGGGGAUGUUCGGCCCCCUCGGAAUGUGGCCGGGUUUCGAGGGACUGUUCGUUAUGCCUCAGUCAAUGCCCACAAGAACCGGGAGAUGGGCCGCCACGAUGACCUGUGGUCCCUUUUCUACAUGCUGGUAGAGUUUGCAGUGGGGCAGCUGCCCUGGAGAAAGAUCAAGGACAAGGAGCAGGUAGGGAUGAUCAAGGAGAAGUAUGAGCACCGGAUGCUGCUGAAGCACAUGCCCUCCGAGUUCCACCUCUUUCUGGACCACAUUGCCAGCCUCGACUACUUCACCAAGCCCGAUUACCAGUUGAUCAUGUCGGUGUUUGAGAACAGCAUGAAGGAACGGGGCAUCGCUGAGAAUGAGGCCUUUGACUGGGAGAAGGCGGGCACCGAUGCCCUCCUGUCCACAAGCACCUCCACUCCACCCCAGCAGAACACGCGGCAGACGGCAGCCAUGUUCGGGGUGGUCAACGUGACGCCAGUGCCCGGGGACCUGCUCCGGGAGAACACCGAGGACGUGCUGCAGGGCGAGCACCUGAGUGACCAGGAGAACGCACCCCCAAUCUUGCCUGGGCGGCCCCCUGAGGGGCUGGGUCCCAGCCCCCACCUUGCCCCCCACCCCGGGGGUCCUGAGGCUGAAGUCUGGGAGGAGACGGAUGUCAACCGGAACAAACUCCGGAUCAACAUCGGCAAAACCCCUUGUGUGGUGGAAGAGGAGCAGAGCCGAGGUGUGGGGGUCCCCAGCUCCCCGGUGCGUGCCCCUCCAGACUCACCGACAACCCCAGUCCGUUCUCUUCGCUACCGGAGGGUCAACAGCCCUGAGUCUGAGAGGCUUUCCACAGCCGAUGGACGGGUGGAACUGCAUGAGAGGAGGUCACGAAUGGAUCUGCCCGGCUCACCCUCGCGCCAAGCCUGCUCUUCGCAGCCGGCCCAGAUGCUCUCAGUGGACACAGGCCACGCCGAUCGGCAGGCCAGCGGCCGCAUGGACGUGUCAGCCUCCGUGGAGCAGGAGGCCCUUAGCAACGCCUUCCGCUCAGUGCCGCUGGCCGAGGAGGAGGACUUUGACAGCAAGGAGUGGGUCAUCAUUGACAAGGAGACAGAGCUCAAGGUUCCCCCGGGGGCCGAGCCCAGCACAUCGGGCACCACGGACGAGGAGCCCGAGGAGCUGCGGCCGCUGCCCGAGGAGGGCGAGGAGCGGCGGCGGCCAGGGGCAGAGCCCGCCGUCAGGCCCCGGGGACGAGGCAUGCAGACGCUGGCUGAGGAGGACCCUCGGCAGAUUCCAACCCAGCCCCUACCACCCCAGCUGAGCCAAGCUGAUGGCCGGUCAGAGACGUCACAGCCCCCCACGCCCGGCAGCCCUUCCCACUCGCCCCUGCACUCGGGACCCCGGCCUCGACGGAGAGAGUCCGAUCCCACAGGCCCACAGAGACAGGUGUUCUCCGUGGCAUCCCCGUUUGAGGUCAAUGGUCUCCCACGAGCUGUGCCUCUGAGCCUGCCCUACCAGGACUUCAAGAAAGACCUCUCUGAUUACCGAGAACGGGCUCGGUUGCUCAACAGGGUCCGGAGGGUGGGAUUCUCCCACAUGCUGCUCACCACCUCCCAGGUCCCACUGGCUCCUGUUCAGCCUCAAGCUAAUGGGAAGGAGGAGGAGGAGGAUGAGGAGGAGGAGGAAGAGGAGGAAGAGGAGGAGGAAGAGGAGGAGGAGGAAGAAGAGGAGGAGGAGGAGGAAGAAGAGGAGGAGGAGGAGGAAGAAGAGGAGGAGGAGGAGGAUGAGGAGGAGGAAGAGGAGGAGGAGGCAGUGGCUCUAGGGGAGGUGCUGGGGCCUCGCAGUGGCUCCAGCAGUGAUGGGAGUGAGAGGAGCACUGACCGGAGCCAAGAGGGUGCCCCUUCCACGCUGCUGGCUGAUGACCAGAAGGAGUCCAGGGGCCGGGCCUCCAUGGCCGACGGGGACCUGGAGCCUGAGGAGGGCUCCAAAACGCUGGUGCUCGUCUCCCCUGGCGACAUGAAGAAGUCGCCCGUCACUGCCGACCUGGCCCCUGACCCUGACCUGGGCACUCUGGCUGCCCUCACUCCUCAGCAAGAGCGGCCCCAGCCCACCGGCAGCCAGCUGGACGUGUCUGAGCCAGGCACCCUGUCCUCUGUCCUCAAGUCUGAGCCCAAGCCCCCUGGGCCGGGAACAGGGCCAGGGGCCGGGGCAGUGACCACAGGGGCAGGAGGAGUGGCAGUCACCUCCUCACCCUUCACCAAAGUUGAGAGGACCUUUGUGCACAUUGCAGAGAAAACCCACCUCAAUGUCAUGUCUUCCGGUGGACAAGCCUCCCGGUCUGAGGAGCUGGGUGCUGGGGGUGAGCCGGGCCUGGAGGCACCCUCUGACGGGAGGGUUGUGGAGGAGGGGGCCUCCGUGCCCCUGGAGAAUGGCAUCGCCCAGUCAGGGCUGGAGAGCUGUGUUCUGUCUGGACCCCCGAUGGAUAGCCCCUUGGAGGUGGCCACAGACUCACUGCCCAAUGGCCCAGCCCUUGUUAACGGGCCAGCUCCAGCAUCCCCACUGGAGCCAGGCCCAGAGAAACUGGCCACUGUCUCCCCCAGCCGCCAUGCCAUGCCAGGCCCUCGCCCCAGGAGCCGGAUCCCUGUCCUGCUGUCUGAGGAGGACACAGGUUCGGAGCCCUCGGGCUCACUGUCGGCCAAAGAGCGGUGGGGCAAGAGGGCCCGACCACAGCAGGACCUGGCACGGCUGGUGAUGGAGAAGAGGCAGGGCCGCCUGCUGCUGCGGCUGGCCUCUGGGGCCUCGUCCUCCUCCAGUGAGGAGCAGCGCCGUGCCUCUGAGACGCUCUCAGGCACGGGCUCAGAGGAGGACACGCCUGCCUCGGAGCCUGCUGCCCCCAGGAAGGCAGGGCGGGCAGCUACCACCCGGAGCCGGAUUCCCCGCCCCAUCAGCAUCCGCAUGCCCACGCCUGCUGCAGCCCAGCAGUCCCCUGGCAGACCCCACAGCGCUGCCCCCGCAUCUGACACAGCCAUCACCAGCAGGCUCCAGCUGCAGAAGCCCCCAGGGUCGGCCGUUGCUGCUGACCUCCGCCCCAAACAGCCCCCCGGCCGUGGCCCGGGCCCAGGGCGAGCCCCAGCCGGCACCAGGCCCCCCGCCCCGCGAAGUCCAGGCCCCUCCACCUCCGCCGCGCCACGCCAGCCCAGCGCAUCCCCCCGGAGCCAGUCCCUGUCCCGCAAAGAGAGCUCCUCUCCCUCGCACCAGGCCCGGCCCGCAGGUCCCCCGCCCCGGGGCGCCCCGCAGGCCCGGGCCCAGCCUGAUGGUACCCCCUCCCCGGGGGGCCCCAAGAAAGGACCCAGAGGGAAACUCCAGACUCAGCGCGCAGCAACCAAAGGCCGGGCGGGGGUCGCGGAGGGCCGGGCCGGGGCCAGAUAAUGACGCGCGAGGCUCUCCGCGGCCCCCCACCCUCACCCCGGCCCCCCAUCCGCAGCCGGCCACACUGAAACAGCUCCCAGCACAGCCUUACGCGCCUGACGCGCGCCACCCGCGGCCCCAGCUUCCCGCCUGCACCCGCGAGGACGCGCGCCAGCAUUCGCCGCGCCCGCCCGCCGGCCCGGCCGGAGGGGGACGCCUCGCCGCGGGGUGGGGGAGGGGGGGGAGUGCCAGCCUCCCGGUACUCCGCCCCCUCCCCGUGACCCCUGCCAUCCCCCUGCCGCCCUUCGGGUGGGUCAGGCUCACCCUCCGCCCCGGGGAAGGCUCAGCCACUUUUUCACUGAGGACUCCACUAAUGGGGACGCCCCCUCACCCGCCAGGCCUCUGCUGCUCUUCGUGCUCCCACAGGGACCUCUGCUUACACCUCCUGCGGCGCCUUUUCCUCCUCCCGGCCUUCUUCCAGCCCAAGCCCACCCACCUCCACUUUGAGAAAGGCAGCCUCAAAUUCCGGAAGUGGAAGUUCCAGCCUCCCCACCAGGGACCAAUACCACAAUCUCCUGGAAGCUGUGGUGGUCCAAAAGGCCUCCUCUUCUCAGCUGCUAGGCUGGGGUUGGGGAGCUGGGAUCCAGGGGCCAUUGGUCUACUCAGGUGUGAGGGGGCAGAUCUGACCAGCCCCAAAGUCCGCUCCAUUCUGGACACCCCUGUGGAAGAUGGUGGGCAGAGAUUCAUGGACUCAGUUCUGGCCGGGUCACCCUGUCUGUCCUCCUGGGGUGGAGAGUGGGCUGGAUCAGACCAUCAUCUGGCCUGACAGCUGGCCCCUGGACUCAAGACAGAAAGGCCCUUCUAAGUCCAGAUGGUAUGCUUGUGUGAUGGGUCCAGCCUAAGUCCCCUCCUCCCCCAGCUAACCCUUCAGCCUGUCUCCUCUUGUCUUAACCCCAACCCAUGCAGCUGAGCUGUCCCUGCAGAGGGUGAGGGCUGUGCUGCUCCAUGAAUGGAUAUGGGGCUUCCUCCUGGGUCUGGCUCCUGCAUAGCUCAUCCCACCUCAUCAUGAGCCUCAACUGCCUACAUCUUGGCCAAGCAGCACACGGGCUGCAGAAGGGACAGCCGACCCUGUCUAUCUGGGACAGGUCCCCUGCAGGCCUUCUCCAUCCUCAGCACCCUCAGCCUCUGUCCCCUGGCCUGGCCCCUCUGUUCUUCUGUGAGUCACAGAGAACAAGGCUAGGCAACCAGGGGAAGAGGAAGAAAGGCCCCAGCAAGCCCCAGUGGUCUGGCAGCAUCCAGCCACCAUCGCUUAGAAGGAUGCCCAUGAGGAAGUUGGCCCCGGAAGCAGCCUGGUGGUGCCAGCUGAAGCCCCUCUUGGAGAGUCAGCAGGCUUGGGCAGCUGUUUCCACACCAAGGUGGUGGCUUCUCUGCAAACCAGCCCAGGGGAGGACUCCAGGGUGGACGGCCUUUGAGGUCCAUCCCAUGCUGACGCAGAAGCUCCCAGAACACUCAGGAAACCUCUCCGGACAGAGCCCUCUUUGUCAACCCAAGACCCUCCCAAGGCCUCUACUGCCCUCUGGGUCCAACAGAGGGGGUGGAAGAGGGGCCACUCCCUGCCACCUAGAGCUUCUCCGAAUGACAAUCAGCUCAUGCCAGGUGGGGACCAGGGCAUGACCCCCGGUGCCCAGGUCCUGGGCCUGCUCCUUGCCACCAACCGAACCGUGAAUGUAGGGCCCCCAGCUUCACCUCUGCCCCAGGACCAACAACACCCUGGUUUGGUGUUGGGAAGAAAAGGGGGCGGCCUGAGAGAGCCCCAGGCCCAUCUGACCCCUAGCUUCACCCAGCACUGGAGCUGGGCAGAGACGCAAAACCCUGUCUGCUCUCGGGAUUCCAGACCUCCCUAGGGCUCCCAACUGACCUCAGGCCUCUGCGUCAUGGAAUGUCACCAAGGUGGGGGAGGAGGGGUAGGGGUGAGUGUGGGAGGGGACUAGGGAACUGACUCUGCUCUUCUCCCCAGGAAGGAUCCAGGGCAGAGGACACCACACCUCCCAGUGUCCCAGCCCCCAGCUGCAGCCUCUUCCCCCUUGAGCAUCCAUCCCCUCCACCAAGCCCUCCUGGGCCUGAGCCCUUUCUCUAUAAGAGUGCCACACCACCACCGCUACCACCACCUCACCCCUCGAGCACUUCCCCAUUAUGACAAACCUGUGUCAUUGGCUCAGACACAGGUCUGCUCACCCCAGAACAUGCCUCCCCUCCCAAGCCACACUGUGCACGAAGCGGGUGCAGGAGAAGGGCCAUGUCCCAUUCACGUGGGCACCCCCCUUCCGGGCUCCUCACGGGGGCCUGGCUCAGUCUUCUCAGCUCCGGGGAUCAGCCCUGGUGGGCAUGGAGUGGGGGGCAGGGAGGUGCCCUCCCCCUCCCCCAGGGAAGCCACUGAAGAAUGUUUACAUGCCAAACAGAAUGUAACACCCUCCCCCACCUCUUCCCAGUCACUGCAUGGCCUCUGCCCACCCUGCACCUGUCCACCCCCACCCCAACACCCUGGAAGCCGCUGUCAUGAUUAGAUCGGGUCUUGGAAGGGAAGUAGCCAUCACACCAUUAAAAAGCCUGUGGACCUUU